AUGAAACAUAACAAAUAAUAGAGCCACUAUAUUCUGGACUUCUAAGAUAUUGAAGACAUAUCAGAUAAUGAAUCAGAAAGUUCUAAACAGUCAAAUCAACAAUAAUAAAUAAAUUAAUCAACUCCAACUCCUAAUCGAAUAGAAUUAUAGAUACCCAAUUUACAAGUUAAAAAAGAAACAGUAGAAAUUCCAUCCAUUUUGAUAUAAGAGGAUGAAGAACCUGUAAUCAGACGAAAGUAGGAUAUUCAUAAACAAUAAUGGUAAGUCAACUUUGAUGAAUUAUCGGAAUAGGAAUUAGAAGAAAGUGACAGGUCAGAGGUUGCUAUAGAGAUACAGAAAGACCCUAGUCCACUUACUAUAGCAGUUGAAGAACCUUAAUAUAUUGAAUAAUAUUUUGAUGAUCAAAAUGUAAUAGAAGAGAUAGAUAUUGAAUAAGAGUAAUUAAAAAUGGAAUAAAGGAAGGAAUAAUUGAAAUAAGAUUUAAUAACAAAAUAAUAACAAAAACAAAUUANUUUUUUUGAUAAAUUAAAUUGGAUUACUUGUUGA